AUGGAAGGUCCGAGAUUCCUGCGUUUUUUCUCCCUUUCCCUCUGCAUAGGCCUAGUCCUCCUCUUCACUUGGUCCCACCUCCCUUACGCGCCGCCGUACGUCUCCGACCUCCUUGACUGCACAGCAAACUCCGCCUGGUGCUCCUCCAAAAACCGCAUCCAAGCCAAACCCCCUAUCCCAACGCGCCGCCUCAAAGACCACAGCUCCGACACCCCCCACCACCCUCUCGACCCCCUCACCAUCCAAGAACUCAACGCCGUCCGCACCAUCCUCAACUCCCACGCGCUCUUCACCUCCACCUCCUCCUACGCGCUCCACUCCAUCGAGCUCCAGGAGCCCGACAAGUCCCUCGUCCUCGGAUGGAAGCACGGCGACCCUCUCUUCCCCAGAAAGGCCUCUAUCGUCGCACGUGUCGACAGCAAGUCGCUCGUGCUAACCGUCGACCUGACCACGUCCGAGGUGACCGUUCACGAGACCGGCUCCCACUACGGUUACCCGACGAUGACGCUGGAGGAGCUGGCCGCUGCCACGUUCAGCCCGCUCAAGAACGCUGAUUUCAACCGUACGAUCGUCGAGCGCGGGGUCGAUCUGGCGGACCUGGGGUGUCUCCCGCUUUCCACGGGGUGGUACGGCGGGGCCGACGAGAACAGGAGGUUGAUUAAGGUGCAGUGCUAUUCCACCAAAGAUACUGUGAACUUCUACAUGCGUCCAAUCGAAGGGUUAACUGUUCUCGUUGACUUGGACACCCAACAGGUGGUGGAGAUUUCGGAUAAGGGCAGGGGCAUCCCCAUACCAAAGGCCGCCAAUACAGAUUAUAGGUACUCAGCCCAAAGGCCCAAUCAAGUGAAAAAGCUGAUCAAGCCCAUAUCUAUAGAGCAGCCGGAAGGGCCGAGUUUUACGGUAGAAAAUGAUCACUUGGUCAAAUGGGCAAAUUGGGAAUUUCACUUGAAGCCUGACGCCAGGGCGGGCGUCAUCGUAUCCCGGGCCAAAGUUUGGGACCCGGAGACCGGGGAGUUGAGGGAUGUGAUGUACAAAGGGUUUACGUCAGAGUUGUUUGUGCCUUACAUGGACCCCACUGAUGCGUGGUACUUUAAGACCUAUAUGGAUGCCGGUGAAUACGGGUUCGGGUUACAGGCAAUGCCUCUGGAGCCGCUUAACGAUUGUCCGCGUAACGCCUACUAUAUGGAUGGUGUGUUUGCGGCAGCUGAUGGAAAACCAUACGUCCGAUCAAACAUGGUUUGCAUAUUCGAGAGCUAUACGGGCGAUAUCGGGUGGCGGCACACAGAGUGUCCGAUAACGGGCAUGGAGGUUAGGGAAGUGAGGCCAAAGGUGACAUUGGUAGUUAGAAUGGCAGCAUCAGUUGCUAACUAUGAUUAUAUCGUCGACUGGGAGUUCCAAACAGACGGACUAAUCAGGGUUAAGGUUGGACUUAGUGGCAUUUUGAUGGUGAAAGGCACCUCCUAUGAGAACAUGAACCAAGUCUCAUCUAGCCAAGAGAAUCUCUAUGGCACCCUCUUGUCGGAGAACGUUAUUGGCGUUAUUCACGAUCAUUACGUCACAUUUCAUCUUGAUAUGGACGUGGACGGCUCAGAUAACUCCUUUAUGAAGGUGAAUCUCCAAAGGCAGUCCAACUCCCCAACUGAAUCACCAAGGAAAAGCUACUUGAAAGCUACUAAAACCGUUGCCAAAACUGAGAAAGAUGCACAGAUUAAGCUCAAACUCUAUGACCCGUCCGAAUUCCACGUGAUCAACCCAUCGAAAAAGACACGGGUUGGAAACCCUGUAGGGUACAAGUUGGUUCCCGGUGGCACUGCUGCUAGCUUGCUUGAUCUUGACGACCCUCCCCAAAAGAGAGGUGCUUUUACAAACAAUCAAAUUUGGGUUACCCCAUACAAUAAGAGCGAACAAUGGGCUGGUGGGUUGUUUGUAGACCAAAGCACAGGCGAAGAUACUCUUGCCGUGUGGUCUAACAGGGACCGACCAAUCGAGAACAAGGACAUUGUGGUUUGGUACACAUUAGGGUUUCAUCACAUACCCUGUCAAGAAGACUUCCCUAUAAUGCCAACUGUGUCAUCUAGCUUCGAUAUCAAACCUGUCAAUUUCUUUGAGAGUAACCCCAUACUUCGGACUCCGCCUAACGUUGCCACAGAUCUACCCGUUUGCACGGCUGCUGCUUCAGCUUAA